UGUGAGCUAAAUGCUCUUGCUUAUUUCAAACUUUUCCUACAUCUUUGUUUCGUGAAGCCAACUUUUCAACAAGAGGAGCAACCCAACUUUGAUGGGAGUUUUUAAAGAAAUGGCAAAAAGUCUUUUGGCUUCAUCUUUGUCUGUAAGAACAAAACUCUUACAAACCGGAGUGUCACUUUAUAAUUCAACUCAUGGCUUCCAUGAAGAGGUAGUGAAGAAGAUACUGGAGCAGUUUCCUGGUGGAUCCAUUGACCUUCUGAAGAAGCAGAAUGGCAUUGGCAUUCUGACGCUAAACAACCCAAAUAAAAUGAAUGCCUUCUCAGGUGUCAUGAUGAUACAACUUUUGGAAAGGGUAAUUGAGUUAGAAAAUUGGACAGAAGGGAAAGGCCUCAUUAUCCAUGGAGCAAAAAAUACUUUUUGCUCAGGAUCUGAUCUGAAUGCUGUGAAGGCACUCUCCACUCCAGAAACUACCAUUAAUAAGUGUUGCUCUGGUUCAAGGCUGGGCAAUGGGUGGAGGAGCAGAACUUACUACAGCAUGUGAUUUCAGAUGGGCUCUCACUAAGUCAUUGAGGAAGACUUUAAGAAGUUGUUGAUCCAACUUCUGCCUCUGAUUUUCAGGAAACUAGGAUUAGUGAUCGGCAUGCCAGGCCAGGCUAGCCAUGUAACCUUUGUAGUCAGUAUUGCAACCUCUUUUAAGUGGUACAUUUCUACUGUUUUAUACUUAUUGUUGCUAUUGAUUUUAUUUUAGUUUACUAUCUUCUUAAAAAUUAUUUUUAUUUGUGUGUUUUGGCUAUAUGUAUAUAUGUGAACCACAUGCUCUCAAGAGGGCAGAAUAAGGCAUUGGAUCCCUGGCACUGGAGUUAUUGGCAUUGUGAGCCACUGUGAGUCAAUGCUGGGAUUUGAGCCUGGGUUCUCUUCAAAAGCAGAAACUGCCCUUAAUCACUAAGCUAGCUCUCCUGCCACAUCAUUCUAUCAUCUUAAUAUUUCUUCUCUAAUGACUUGAUUCUGUCUGUCCUUUCUUACUGUUCUUUUCUUGCUUCAUUGUAGAUUAUGUAAUUCUGUUUACUUCUAUUGACUACAUAAACACACGGGGGCGGGGGAGAGGGAGACGGAGAGAGGGAGAAAGAGAAAGAGAUUUCUUCUAGUUUUGAAUUAACAGUAUGUAUCUUAAAGUGGUCACAGCCCUCCGCAAAAUCCUAAACUAAUUGAAGUAAGAUAUUGGGAUAUUAAAUUUUACAUUUAUUUCUUUUGUCCUGUCCUUUGGGUAUUAUCUUUAUUUUCUUCUAUGCAUUGUAAUGCCAGAAUUGCUAUAUUUUUGCUUUAGUCAAUCAUCAUUUAAAUAAAUAUACAUAAUGAUAGUAAAUUAGCAAGCCAAUUGUUUCUGUUUCCAUCAGAAUGAUUACCUGGGUUCAGUAUGUUGGUUUGCAUUGAUUGCCAACUGAACAGGAGGUAGAAUACUUCAAAGACAAAUCUUUGGGCAUACCUAAAUCAGAUUAAUUGAGGUGGGAAGAUUCUCUCUUACUGUGGGUGGCACCAUUUCAAGGCCUGGGGUUCUGAUCUGCAUAAAAAAGGGAAUGCAUGCAGUCCACUAGGACUUAGAACUUUCUGUUUCCUGAAUGUCCCUAAGUAUACAGAGCAGCCCUCCCAUUCCAGAUGUUAUACCUUCCUUGUCAUGAGAAAGUGCACCCUCAAAAACUGAGCCUGAAUAUACCCUUCUCUCCCUCCCUCUUUCCCCUCCCUCCUUCAUUUCUUCCUUCUUUCUCCUUCCUUCCUUCUUCCUUCCUUAGUUUCUUGUUAGAAUUUUGACAUCCCAAUGAGGACAGUAACUAUCACAGACUAGUCUAUGGAUUUUUGUCACAUAUUUAUUAAAAGUCAUAAAUGAAGAUGAAAGUUUCCCUAACAAGGAAUUCUUUUGGCAUUAGAUUAUUUAUUUUGUUGAAUGUUAUUCACUAGUUUAGAAACUAAGUUUUGAUAAGACAGUCUAACAUUUUGGUAUGUAUAUUGAUGUAUAUCAAACCCAAAUGUUCUGUCUCAUGAGGUGUUACAAAUCAGAACCUAGGAAGCCAUGUCUCUGUCUACAGUGGGCACCUGGCAGCCCUGCUGGAGCCCUCACUUAACCAUCUUAGUCACAGCCUCUCACUUCCACACAGCAGAAAGUGCACUUUCCCAUUUCAACUUAUCACAUAGACAUAGACAUAAGCAAAUUCAUGAGGAAGAAAAUUUUUGUUUUUCAUUUGAUAGUUAAGAAAUUGUUUAAUAGUUUUUUAACUCAGAAACUUUAAGAUUGUUUUGAUGUAGGAGAUACUUUAUCAAGAUCUCAAGCUCUUUGAAAACUAGUAUAAGAGAAUGAAUUCUUAGAUGCAAUGGAAAAAAAGAGAAAAGGCCAUUUCAUGUUAUAGCACCCUCUGCUGUCCUGACUUCAGAUUGCAUUUGGGGCUUUAUGGGUGAUGUGAAACUAAAUAGGAAAUGCUUUAUGUAUAACUUGAUUAAAUGUUUACCCAGAAAUAGAAGUACUUAUAGAGUAUAUAAUUUAAAUAUGUAAUUAUAUAAACAUAAAACAUCUUUAAAGAGUUUUAAGCUGUAUGCAAACAGGUACUAAUACACCUAAUGUUCUUCCAUAGAACCACAAGUUAAGAAUUUUUAGAUGCUCAUUGAUAAAAAUAAAAAUCCUUUGAUGUUAUGUCUGGUGUUUUUCUUCAAGUGUUUACUAGAUCUUUGUAUCAUCUUUCAUAUUAAUUUUCCUCUCCAUAAUUUGGAACACUUAGGAUUUAAGAUGAAAGAAAAAAAUAUCAGAGAAGACCAUCAGAGACUACUUGACAUACUGUGUCAUUCUAGAGUUUAGCAUAUUAUAGAUCUUACUGGAUAUUUGUUAUGAUAUACAUGAUUAUAUCUCUAUUAUCAGAUUCAUGCAGUAACAUACCUGAUAGGUUUUUAAAACAGUUUUCCAAUGAAAGCAUGGUCACUUUUAUGGAAAUGAUGCCAUAGUUAGUUCAACAUUUUUUAGCAUUUAUAAGCCAGGUAUAGCCAUCUAAAAACAUUCUAAAAUUUUUUUCUAGUAGUAUAUGUUAUUUGCUAAAGAAUUUGACCACAGCUAAUUAUAGUAUCCCUCCUCCAUAUCAGGAUUUUGCAUUUUUUUUGUUACAAAUUACCUGUAGCUAAACUAAGAUAUUAAUAUAUCUAAAAAUAUUAAAUAAAAAGGUACAGCAGUAAAUCCUUUCUCAGAUUCAGAUUGUGAGCUCUUGUGAGUGGCCUGGUGAAAGCUCAUGUCAUCUGACUUUGUCUGCUUACAGGUGAACUAGCCCUUUGAAUUGAGCAGUGCUGACACCUGUCUAGGUUAUCAAAGCCUCUGUCAUGGUAUCACAUGGACUCAAUGACAUUUUUACUUUAUUUAAUAAUUGCUAUAGAUUUAAUGAUACUAGGAAUCUUAUUUCAUUAUACAGUUAAAAUUGAUAUAUUUUAUUACUGGUCUUAAUUUUUAGCUGUAUUUCAUUAGAUCAACCUUGUUGGUAUAUGUUUAGGGAAGUUAUAUAUAGGAUAUGAUGCUAGGUGUGUUACUUUCUGUAGAGAAAUGGGAGAUAACAGAAACACUUUUUGUUUAAGUGAAGAUAAAAAUUAUUCUUACCACAGAAGAUUGAAAAUUAUCAUCCUGGAUUUCUGAACCCUUUUAAAUGCACAUCCCAAGAGCAGCUAUAAUAUUAAAAGUGAGCGCUUCAGAAAGGCCUGCCUGCUGAAUGUACUUUAUUACUAGCUGCAGUAACAAGGACGUGGCACCUCAGUACACGUCAUGCUAGUUGGUGCUUCCCAGUGCCUUACCAGUUAGCUCUAUGAUCUACAUGAGCAUCUGCAAACAUCAAAAGCUUUCAUA